AUGACUUCCUACGACCGGCACGCGUCCCACGACUCUCCUUAUCGAACAGGUAGACAUGUACCGCUCAGUCAAAGCCGGCAUGAGCCUCUCACAUCCAUCGCGACAAGCGCCAUCGAGUCCCGACCGGAUCUUACCAACCCCUACGAGGACGAGCAAACGAACGGAGUCAGUUCUCCGAGUCGGCCUUAUUCGCCUGGGAUGCGAUCGAUGUCUUCUCAAGCCCGACGGUCCGCAGAUCACGGAGCGGAGGGGGUUCCGGAGAUUCAAAUGCAAAGCUUCCAUGAUGGGGCGCCACCUCCUCCCCCCGUGACCCAUUCGUGGAAGAAGAUAGAGCGCUGGUUAGAGAACCAUUAUGAGGAACUCUUUGACAAUCUUUGCGAGGGGUGUACUCAGAAUGAUAUCAACGAGCUAGAACAUGAACUAGACUGCAGCCUACCAUUGGAAGUUCGGGAAUCCCUGAUGAAUCACGAUGGUCAGGAGCGGCCGGGUCUGCCUACUGGUAUUAUUUUCGGCUGCAUGCUUCUUGACUGUGAGGAAAUUGUCCAGGAGUGGAAGAAUUGGAGGACGGUGAACGAGGAGUUUCUCGCUUCCCCGGCCAUGGUCAAUGCUCCCAUUCCAAAAGCUACGGCCAGCUCAUCCUCCGCUCCACCACCCGCCCAGGCGUCAAACCCAAUGUGGAGACAGGACUUGCUCGAACGACAGGAUUCACAACCUCCUGGCGCAGUUCAAAAGGCCUAUGCCCAUCCCGCUUGGAUUCCGCUUGCUCGUGACUGGGGUGGUAACUGCAUCGCGAUCGAUCUAGCUCCAGGACCCGCGGGGAAAUGGGGCCAGGUCAUUAUUUUUGGUCGAGACUACGAUUGUAAGUAUGUGAUCGCCCGGUCCUGGGCCGCUUUUCUCGCCGUUUUCUCGGACGACCUCUGCAGUGGGAAGGCUGUGGUAGACGAGGAUUCGAACGAGCUGAAGCUCCUGGAGUUCAAGGCUCAGAAUGUGGAGCCUCCCUACCUAGAAAUCAUGCGUUGGAGGACAGAUCAAAAAUACGGCAGGAAGGCACCUCGCCGCAAGGCUCCGGCCGGUUUGGGUCUCAACACCGGCAGCAGAUCAGGAAAGGAGUCGCCUUACGGGAGCCCGGGGCCUAGUGAAGAACGUGGAAGGUCACCACACCGGUUUCCUAAUCGCGGCUCUGCCCAAAGCCCCAAGACGCAGUUUGGUAUAUCUAGUCCACUCGCCCGAGUUACGGAGGAGGUUUCGAGUCCAGUCCACGGAGGUGCUGGAAGCGAACCUGUGGAAGACAACAGCAAUUCUGGCACAAAAGAUCCUCGGGCUGAAGACCUACUAGAGGUCGUGCCUCCUCAAGCGUCCGGGAAGGAGAAUGAGGGGUUCGAAGAGCAGCCGCCGGCAAGCAACGCGGACUCCGAAAAGCUGCAACAAUGCGAGUCGGACCAGGGAGUUUCCACGCCUGGCUUGGAUAACGAGGUCCUGGGCGAAAUGAAGAAUGUCGCCAUCUAA